AUUACAAAAUCUUAUACAAAUUUUAAUACUGUACAAUGUUUUUGAUUUUUUUCCAGAUAUCUAUAUUCACUGAAAUACCAAACAUUGAGGUCCUGACACUAAGUGCAAACAAAAUCUCUUCACUGGAGCACAUCAGCCAGUGUCACAACCUGACAGAGCUGUACCUGAGAAAGAACAGCAUCGCCAGUAUAUCCGAGCUGUACUACCUCAAGCCCCUGACUCGCCUGCGCGUCCUGUGGCUGUCGGAGAACCCCUGCUGUGGUCAGGAUUCUCAGAAGUUCAGGCUGACGGUGCUUCGCAACUUGUCGAACCUGCAGAAGCUGGAUAACCAAACGGUCACUGAGGAGGACCUGUCCCGUGCUCUGGAGGAAGGAGAAGAGAUCACUGCACCCCCUUUCUGGGAGAGCACAGGCAAUGGGGUGCCGUCAACAGACAAUGAGAACGACUCGCUCAGCUUCAGCAUGGAGGAGACCAAUAAAAUCGGUGAGCAGCUGGGGAUGAAGCCCUUAACCAGAGAUAAAUUCCCAUCCUUUACCACCCCCAAGGAAAGAAGAUCUACUUCGGGUAAAAAGAGUAAUGUUUUGAAUGCGGUUCUACUGCUGCUAAAGGAUCUGGAUGCAGAGAGUUUGGAUGUGGUUCGCAAGACAACAGAGAACAGAUUGCACACUCUGCAGAGGAAGGAGGCUCAGCUUUAUAUACAAGAGGUCUUCAAGCAGUAACCAUCACAAAUGGAACAGUGCCAUAGAAGCGCCGUAUCCACAACCCUCUUCUGACUGCAGUAGUUCAGGAGUGGCCAAAGAGAUGUAGUAUCAGUCACCUGUGUAAAAUCAUUUAACCAAACUUGAUAAGCAUUCACAAAAACGAAACAUGCCUGAAAUUAAAAUAAGCACCAAGAGCCCUUGCUGCAUUUCUGUCUCUCACGUUACUGAGUGUA